AUGCGUGACGGUGGGCUUGGGAAGUUACAAAGGAGGAUGAGACGAUUUGGCGAUACAUUGAACCCGGAUGAUGCGUAUCUAAGUUACCAUGAUGUUCGAUUAACACGAGGGGACAUGCAGUCGCUGAAGAAUGACUGGCUGACCGACAAUGUCAUCUCCUUCUGGGAGGAAUACCUUGAACACGAAUUCCUUGUGCAAUACAGGUCCUCCAAUAUCGUCCUCCUUCGACCGAGCAUGUCAUUCAUGAUCUUGCAGACGCCAAACCCGCAUUCUCUGCGUGAAGCCCUCCCCGAUUUUUCUCGAACCACGCAUGUCUUCCUCCCGAUCAACGAUUGUCGCAAUGUCACGGAAGCAGAGGGAGGCACACACUGGUCAUUACUGUUGAUUUCAAUUGUGGACGGGAUAGCGUUCCACUAUGAUUCGCUGCCCCCGGGGAAUUUCUGGGAGGCGCGGACGGUGACUAUGAAAUUCGCGGCACUACUAGGACGACCCAUCAACUAUGUUCAUCUGGAGGAUUCGCCAGUACAGGAGAACGGAAGUGACUGUGGCGUUUUUGUUUGUUUGAGCAUGCGCCAUUUGUUACUGAAGAGAUUGCUCACUGCCAACGCCAAUGAGAAAGUUAGCAUGAGUCUUGGUGGGCGGAAGGUUGAUGCUCGGUCGGGACGCAAGGAAAUGGCCAAGAUCAUUGAAGGCUUCCGAAAGGAGGGCGAGAGACGGAGAUCCGAGUCUAAGCCCCCUGGGCAAGAAGUCAACGAGUCCUCCACGGAUUGA